AUGGCCCAAUCGUCGUCGACACACCACGUCUUCCCGGCGCCCGACUCGCCGAUCGGCAACAUCGCGUCGCUGGAGGACAAAGUGGCCCUGAUCACGGGCGCGUCGUCGGGCCUGGGCCGGGCCAUCGCCCAAGCCUACGCCGCGGCCGGCGCCUACGUGGUGUCGGCGGACCUGCAGCCGCAGCCGCCUCCGCAGCCCACCAUCGCCAACAUGCUCAAGGACACCGACCUGGAGACCCCGACCGUCGACCUGAUCAACGCCAAGUGGCCCGCCUCGACCACGGGGGGGAAGCCAGGCGCCGAGAGGGCCAGCUUCGUCCGGUGCAACGUCACCGACGAGGAGAGCGUCAAGGCCGCCGUGGCGUUCGCCGUGCAGAAGUAUGGUCGGUUGGAUAUCUUUGUGAAUAACGCUGGAAUCUCCGCCGAAGCCGGCUCGCGCGAAUACACGGGGUCGUUCCCGCGCAUCCACGAGACCGACGUGGCCGCCAUGGACAAGACAUACCAGGUGAACAUCCGGGGCGUGUGGCUGGGCACCAAGUACGCGGUGACGCAGAUGCUGGCGCAGGAGCCGCACCCGCGGUUUUCGCGGUCGGCCGGGGGCGCCGGCGACGUGCACCGCGGCUGGAUCAUCAACCUCGCCAGCAUCCUGGCCAGCGCGGGGCUGGCCGGCACGUCGCCGUACUGCGCCAGCAAGGGCGCCGUGCUGAACCUGACCCGCGCCACCGCGCUCGAGUACGCCAAGGACGGCAUCCACAUCAACGCCAUCCAGCCGGGCUUCACCGACACCCACAUCCUCGAGAACAUGUACACCAAGAUCGGCCGCGAGAAAAUGGACGCCAUGAUGAAGCUGUGGCACCCCUGGGGCCGCACCGGCAAGGCCGAGGACAUUGCCCGCGCCGCCGUCUUCCUCGCCGGCGACGGCGCCAGCUGGAUGACCGGCACCUCCGUCGUGGUGGACGGGGGCUUUCUCGCUCAGUGA